UGGUAUUUAUUUUUUGGCGGGAAGGUAAUUCUUAUCGUUAUCGGCACGGUCACACUAGCGACAGGUGAUUGACUAUGUAAUCUUCCCAUUAUAAACAAGCAAGUUAAGUGGUCCACCUUAAAUCAAGCACUAUGCUGCAACUUAGUCGUACCCUGCUGCGCUCGCGAUAUUGGCAUCGCGGCCGCUGGGUCUCUACCUGGACUCCGCUGGCCACAGCCUUUAAUUCUCCUCCGGCCAGGCGGCUCAAUUUUACCCGCGACGAUGUGGGUCUCUUUUGUAUGCCGGAACUGCGGGGCUUCGAGGGUUUCUACUUGUUACGCGACAACGCGGAAAGCCGGACGCAGGAGCUCAUAUCGGAGGCCAUAUCCGAUCAGCGGCGGCGGAAGAUGGUUGACAUUUUCGACGAGCUCUCCGACACCUUGUGCAAGGUAGCGGACCUAGCCGAGUUCGUUAGGAUCGCCCAUCCUCAGAGCAAGUACACCCAGGCGGCAGAGCAGGCCUGUAUCAGCAUUUGCGGCGUUGUGGAGAGCCUUAAUACGCAUAAGCCCAUUUACCAGGCCCUGAGCCAUGUGGUUCAGCACGGGGACAAGCUGCCAACAAGUGAGGUGGAUAGGCAUGUAGCCCGAUUGUUUCUAUUUGACUUUGAACAAUGCGGCAUCCAUUUGCCUGAGGAGGAGCGCCUACGGGUUGUUCGUCUCAACGACUACAUUCUUCAGCUGGGCCAGAAGUUCAUGAGUGGAGCCGUGCAGCCCAGCGUUCUCCCGCGCCAUCACGUCCCUGAGGCUAUUCGUAACUACUUUCCGACCUCCGGCGACAAUGUAAUUAUCACGGGACUGUGCACAAACGCAGCGAACGUGCAGGUUCGGGAGGCCGCCUAUCGGCUAUACCUGCAACCUUCCGACAGCCAGGAGAAUCUGCUGCGAGACCUGCUGCUCUGCCGGCAUGAGCUGGCCCGCAGCUGUGGAUUCGAGACGUACGCCCAUCGGGCCCUUAAUGGCAGCACCAUGGAGAGACCCGAAAUUGUCCACGAGUUUAUCGACGAGCUGUCGGAGAAAUUGCGACCGCGCGCUGAGGCCGACUUUGCCAAAAUGACUCAAAUGAAACGCCGAGAGUGCGGUCGGGCGGACGCCAUGGUUGAGGUUUGGGAUACACCCUAUUUCACCACCCAGAUGAGGAGGCAAUCCCUCGAGGAACAGACCAACGAGUUUCUUCCAUACUUCUCGCUGGGUGGCUGCAUGGAAGGAUUGGAUAACCUGCUACGUGCUCUCUAUGGCGUCCGGUUGGAGAACACCGAGAUGGAGCCAGGCGAAUCGUGGCACAACGACAUCUACAAGCUGGCUGUAGUGCACGAAAGAGAAGGCCUUCUGGGCUACAUCUACUGCGACUUUUUUGAACGCACUGGCAAGCCCAACCAAGACUGCCAUUUCACCAUCAAGGGAGGCAAGCGUCUGCCGGACGGCACCUACCAACUCCCCGUGGUAGUGGUCAUGCUGGGUCUGGCGCAGCCGCGCUGGAGCGGACCGACCCUGCUGUCGCCUGCGCGCGUUGACAACUUAUUCCACGAAAUGGGUCACGCCAUGCACUCGAUGUUAGCUCGUACCGAGCAUCAACAUGUGACGGGUACGAGGUGCUCCACAGACUUUGCCGAGGUCCCCAGCGUACUCAUGGAGUACUUUGCCAGCGAUCCGCGCGUGCUGCGAACCUUCGCCCGCCACUUCCAGACUCACGAGCCCAUUUCGGAAGAUAUGCUUAGGCGGCUGUGCGCCUCCAAGCACCUCUUUGCUGCCAGCGAGACGCAGCUCCAGGUGUUCUACUCAGCCUUGGACCAAGAGUACCACGGAGCAGGGGCCCAGAAGGAUGGCAGCAGCACGGAGACUCUGCGCUCCGUGCAGAGCCGCUUCUAUGGCCUGCCCUAUGUGGAGAACACGGCGUGGCAGCUGCGCUUCUCCCACCUUGUGGGCUACGGAGCCAAGUACUACGCUUACCUCGUUUCGAAGACAAUCGCCUCCUGGAUCUGGCAGACGUACUUUGAAGCGAACCCCUUUAACCGACAGGCGGGCGAGAAGUACCGAUCCGAAAUCCUUGCCCACGGAGGAGCCGUCCCCAGCCGGAAGCUGGUGGCAAACUUCCUGCAGCGCGAAAUGACGCCCAGCGUGUUGGCCGACAGCCUUAUCGCCGAGAUUGACGCCGACGAGUUGAAAAUCAAGGACCUGAUCAGCAGAAGUUAACACUCCUUACGCCCUUUUCAGUUUUAUAUCAUUCUCGUAUUAGUUAACUUUUAUUGCCUUUGUUUUA